CUGCAUACACUGGAGCCCAGAUACACCAUCCCAUCCCGACGCUAUUUCACCGACACUCUACCAUCAAACCAAAACAGAAAUCAUGGCCUCGCUGUUGAAGGCAGGGUGCAGCAGUGGGCGUCUGUGUUCUCCACUCAGCUUCGAGAAAUCACCACCAAAUACUCCGGCUCUCUGCUGCUGCAGAAGAAACUGAAGGAUGUGGAGUCCAUCAUUAAGAUCGUGGAGCUGGAAGGAAACGACCUGGUGAAGGAUUAUUCUGAUGAGAUUGAGCGAAUGUUGGGAAGCAAGAUGAAGUCAGUGAAGAGGUUAGCAGAGUCUGCAGAGGACGCUGACCUGUACCACGACUUCAACGCUUCAUUAACGUUUGAUUACUACAACUCCAUGAUGAUCAACACGGUGGACGAGGACGGGAACAACGUGGAGCUGGGCGGAGAGUUCCCCCUGGAGGAGAACGAACACUUUAACAACCUGCUGGUGAACACGCAGCAGAGCAACAUCCAGGUUCCCACCAACGUCUACAACAAAGAUCCCAACAUCCUCAACGCCAUCUACAACUCUGAGGCGUUAAAUGACGUCUUCAUCAGUAACUUCCAGAAGGAUCCAACGCUCACCUGGCAGUUCUUUGGCAGCUCCACUGGCUUCUUCAGGAUCUACCCCGGUAUUAAAUGGACUCCAGACUCCAACGGUGUGGCAGCUUUCGACUGCAGGAACAGGAACUGGUACAUCCAGGCAGCCACGUCUCCCAAAGACAUCAUCAUCAUGGUGGACAUCAGCGGCAGCAUGAAGGGGCUGAAGAUGACCAUCGCCAAACACACCAUCAACACCAUCCUGGACACACUGGGAGAGAAUGACUUCGUCAACGUCAUUGCUUACACUGACUACGUUCGGUACGUGGAGCCGUGCUUCAAAGGAACUCUGGUCCAGGCCGACUUGGACAACAGAGAGCACUUUAAGCUGCUGGUGGAAGAGCUGCACGUUAAAGGUGAAGCGAAGAUCAAGAACGCCAUGAAGGAAUCCUUCAAAAUCCUAAAUGAGGCGAGGGUGAACGGUCAGGGCAGCAUGUGUAACCAGGCCAUCAUGCUGAUCACAGACGGAGCCAUGGAGGACUUUGAGUCUGUCUUUGAGGAGUUCAACUGGCCUGAGCGCAGGGUGCGAGUCUUCACCUACCUGAUCGGCAGAGAGAUGACCUUCGCUCAGAACACCAAGUGGAUCGCCUGCAACAACAAAGGUUACUACACACACAUCUCCACGCUGGCCGACGUGCAGGAGAACGUCAUGGAGUACCUGCACGUGCUCAGUCGGCCAAUGGUCAUCAACCAUGACCAUGACAUCAUUUGGACGGAAGCUUACAUGGACUCUGUGCUUCCCAACACCAAGGAGCUCUUCACCACCAAAGCUCAGAGUCUCCUGCUGAUGACCUCGGUGGCCAUGCCAGUGUUCAGCAAGAAGAAGGAAACGCUGUCCCAUGGGAUCCUGCUGGGUGUGGUAGGCUCUGACGUCCCACUGAUGGAGGUGAUGAAGCUGGCACCCAGAUACAUGCUGGGAGCUCACGGCUACGCCUUCCUCAUCACCAACAACGGUUACAUCCUGGCUCACCCUGACCUUCGACCUCUGUAUAAAGAUGGAAAGAAACUGAAGCCGAAGCCAAACUACAACAGUGUGGAUCUGUCAGAGGUGGAGUGGGAGGAUACAGAUGAGAGGCUGAGAACAGCCAUGGUGAGGGGAGAGACCGGCAGCAGAACGCUGAGCAUCAGAGCAUCGGUGGAUAAAGGGAAACGACCUCUGUACCUCGUCAACGAAUACUUCUACACCAACAUAGAUGAGACACCUUUCAGCUUCGGCAUGGUGCUGACGAAGGGUCACGGACAGCUCAUGUUUAUUGGAAAUGUGUCUGUGGAGGAAGGCCUGCACGAUCUCACCUCCCCAGACCUCAGCAUCGCCUCCGAGUGGACGUACUGUGAGACGGACAUCGACCCCGGCCACAGGAAAUACUCUCAGCUUCAGGCCGCCAUCCGCUACCUGCUGGGGAAGGAGCCUGACCUCGAGUGCGAUGAGGUGUUGCUGCAGCAAACGCUGUUUGACGCUGUGGUAACGGCUCCAUUAGAAGCCUACUGGAACGCCCUGAUGCUCAAUGACAGGGUGGAGCCAGGAGUUGAGGCGGCCUUCCUCGGUACCCGAGCCGGCCUGAUGAGGGUCAUGAGAUACGCAGGAGUGGAGAGCAGAGUGGCAAAGAGGUUUCUGACCCCGACUGACAAAGACAACCUGUUCACCAUCGAUCACUUCCCUCUGUGGUACCGCCUGGCCGUGGAAAACACUCCUGGACGCUUCUACUAUUACCCCGUCAAUGACAAAGGAGUGAAGUAUGUAAUCGCGACGACAGCAGUGACGGUGUCAUCUGAAGGGAAGACGGCGAUGGCUGGAGCUAUCGGGGUGCAGAUGUCCUUGGAUUGGCUGGAAAAGAGGUUCUGGGCCAUCGCCAAGCAGCCCAGCGACACAGACUGUUCAACCAUCGAAGGCGUGUGUCCUCUCAGCUGUGAGAGCAUUGAUCUGAACUGCUUCCUGGUCGACAACAAUGGUUUCAUCUUGCUGUCCAAAGAGAGGAACGAGGUUGGUCGCUUCUUUGGCGAGGUGGACGGGUCUGUGAUGGCGUCGCUGAUCAAGAUGGGAAUGUACAGAAAAGUGUCGCUGUAUGACUACCAGGCCAUGUGUAAGAACAGUCAUCAUCACGCCAGCAGCGCCCGACCUCUGCUUAGUCCGUUUUAUGGCAUCGCAGCGUUAAUCAGAUGGUUCUUCUCCAACGCUCUGAUGUUCCUGCUGGACUUUAACCUCUGUGGUCUCUGGCACUCGGAUUAUUUUGUGGACGGCAAAGCUGGCUAUCAUACAAGUGAGUACGACGUGUGUGUUGAUACAGACGGUACAGAAAGAUGA